GUUCUCUAUUUAAGCGGCUCGGGGUCGCGCUCCACUGCUAGCGGCGCCUUGGGAAGCGGCGGGACUGUCAAGAGGCCGAAGCGCGGUCCAGAAGGACGAGGGUGCUUGAUUUUGUUUUAAUUGCUAACCCAGAAAGACUGCAGCCAUGUCUCUGGAAGACAUCCACAUGAACACCAAGGAUUUGCUCGAAAAAAAGCAAUUAGAUGCUGGAGGAUUUGGAGUAAUUUCUUUGUGCUUUCACAAGAAACAUGGAUAUGUAGUGUUAAAAAAAGUGUAUACAGGACCACAGCGCACUGAGUACAAUGUUUCCCUUCUUGAAGAAGGCAGGAUUAUGCGCAGACUGCAGCAUGACCGUGUGGUGAAGUUACUUGGCGUCAUUUUGGAAGAUGGAAACUACUCACUUGUGAUGGAGUAUGUGGACCGGGGGAACAUGAUGAAAGUGCUACACAAUGUCUCACUACCUUUGUCAGUGAGAGGGCGUUUUGUGCUGGAGAUCACAGAAGGAAUGCUUUAUCUGCAUGAGCAAGGCCUUGUACACAAGGACCUAAAACCAGAAAACAUCCUUGUGGACAGAGACUUCCACAUUAAGAUUGCAGAUCUUGGUGUUGCCUCCUUUAAGUGCUGGAGUAGGCUGACCCAAGAAGAAACUGUCCGACAGAAGCAAAUGAAGAGCACUUGCCAGAACAAUGCUGGGACUCUUUUCUAUAUGGCACCAGAGCAUUUACGCUGUGUUAAUGCUAAACCAGUGGAGAAAUCAGAUGUUUACAGCUUUGGCAUUGUGAUCUGGGCAAUUUUUGCUAACAAAGAGCCAUACGAAAAUGGUAUAAAUGAAACCCAGAUUUGCUUUGGCAUCAUGAAUGGAAACAGACCAGACAUAAGGGAGAUCACUGAUAAAUGUCCAGUGGAAAUUAUUGACUUAAUGCAGCAAUGCUGGGAUGAAGAUUCAGAGAAACGUCCAACCUUUGCAGAAAUCAGUGAAAGAUACAAGCCAUUUUACUAUCAAAAUCUAGAAAAAAAUAUUGAAGAAGAUCUGAAGAAUUUAAAAGAAAUACGGCCUGAGUCAAAUGAACUGCUGCAUAGCAUGAAAUCCCUUCAAAUAGAUGCUGUACCAGAAGAUACCAGCAAUGGUCAAGUAGAUCAGCCUAAUUCUCUACACAGCUCUCAAGGCCCCAUGACCAGCGAGGUUAACGAAGCCCUGUUUGCUGCCUCCCCUAAGAACCAGCCCAUUGAGAGCUGUGAGACCUCCUUUGCAUCUCCUGAUAAUCUGGAAAGAAAACUUCAGCAUGAAUACAACUACCACGCCUAUGGGAGCCGGAUGGAUAAAGCAGUUCCACCUGGAGUAUACAGCCCUGAAAUGACAGAGGAGGAAAGGAGACUGAGAGUUUCCUACGAUCUGUUUGCAAAGCCAUCUCCUGCUUCUCAACGGAGCGAGCUGUAUCCAAGAGGUGAAAAAAUAGGAUCAAACACUAAUCCAUAUUUCUGGCCACAGGCAACUGCAACGACACCAAAAUGGGGAAAUGUAGAUGUUUUUUACGGGCCCAAUCCCAACAGCCUUCCAACAGGAAACCCAGUAGAUGCCUAUGGAUUGUAUUCAGCCAGUAACUUGAGCCUAAGUAAACCUCCUGUGCCGGAAUCUGGACAAAACCUGCUGUCACAGACCAACGUGAACUGGUAUUCAAAGAAUUCAGACACAGAUACAGGUUACAGGGAUUCCACUUCUUUCACAAGGGGAACAUUUGCAUACUAUCCCAGUGCACCCAGAAUAAGCCCAGUUCCUUAUACAGAUGAUUCAAUCAAGUACAACAUAAGUAACAGCUCUGGAAUUCAAAUUGGAUCCUACAAUCACAUGAAGAUUGAAGAGCAGAAUCCACAUGUCAGCCCUUCUCCUCUUGCUAUGGAAGAAGUUUAUACACAUUAUGAAGCAAUGGGUAUAUUUGACGAUACUACUGUCCUGACAGAAAAGCAUUUGAAUCUAGUGAGAGAAAAGCUGGCUAAGCAGUGGAAGCACUGUGCUCGGAAACUGGGCUUUGGUGAUCCUGAGAUUGAUGAAAUUGAUCAUGACUAUGAACGAGAUGGACUAAAAGAAAAAGUUUACCAAAUGCUGCUCAAGUGGGAAAUGAGGGAAGGCUCCAAAGGUGCUACAGUUGGAAAACUUGCCAAGGCCCUCUUUGGCUGCCAAAGACUGGAUCUCCUUAGUAGUUUGAUGCAAAUCCAAGAAGAAUAAGUUUACUGAGAACAGACUUCCUAGCGUUCUGCUUUUUGCACAGACUUUUUGGAACCUAUUAUUUUCCACCAACCAAUUCUCAGUGAAUACCUCCAAUAAAUCAAAAAGUUCAUGUCACAAUAUUUGGUCUUCCAAAGGUUAAAAAGAAAAGCAUCUUCCUUCCAAAUAGAAUGACUGUACUGUCCAGAGAUAACAACAACAAAAUGCAAGACAAAUAUCAAUUCAAGGAGAAUGUGUUGCACUAAAUUUCUGCAUUCUACUCUUGAAAUGUUGGCAAUGUUCAGUUCUGAAGAUUGACCUACUGCUUGAAAAACUGUUAUAGAAACCCAAAUCAAUCUUAAAUUUUGCCACAAGUGCCAAUACUUAUGCCAGUAUUUGACUGGUCUAAGUCAAUAAUACAUUUCAAAUAUUUUUAUAAUUUUUAAUAAAUAUAAAUGUCUAGAAUUAUGCAGAACAGCAGCAUAAAUAAAAGCAAAACCUGUUUCUGGCUUUAAAAGCCUAUAAGUGAUAUUUCAUAGUUAUAAUGUUGCGUUAGAUUUUUACAUUCUUUGGUAGAAAAGUUUUUACAGGGUAAGAGUCUCAUCUGCUUUAUGAAAUAAUGAAAAAAUAAGUUCAAUCAGUAUGUAAUCCAAAUUAAAAUCUCAAGAAUACAAGAGCUUCAAGAAGGGAAAGGUGCCUUAUUACCUCUUGACUGAAGACCCAUCCUCCUACUUGCUCGGGGGCCUCAGUGUCACUACGUUCUGAAUCUCUUAGGCUGCAUUUAUGUGCCUGGAAAUGUUAGUGGAUGCUGAGAUUAAACUGGCAUGCUGCAGCCUGCUGCCAGAAGAGCAAAUUCUUUAAACCUCCAAAAUGUUGUGCAAAGACUAUUUCACAGCACUCAGGUUGUCUCUAAAGAACACUGGAACAGCUCUGUAAUGUAGAUGAUGAUAUCCCAGUGCCUGGAAAUGUUCCUUGUCACUCUGUCUUCCUAAUGUUGACAAUCUCAGUGUGCAAUAUCUAUGAAAGAAGAAUUAUUGGAAGUUUUCUGACCGAAGAAUUACACCAAACUCUUCUUAUGAAGGACAACACCUCCUUUUCCAUCAGAUUUACAGCUGUUUCAAGCAGAUGUUUUAAAGCAGGUAAUUGUGUAAGCUGUACAUAGAGCACUAAGUGCUCCUUUUUGUUAGUAGCUAUUCAUUUAAAUUGUAAAAAAAAAAAAAAAAAAAAAAAAAAAGUAGUAACUAGUGGAGUGCAGUUAGAAUGGAUUUCUGUUCCUUGAUACAGCACCCACCAUUUCAGUGGAAGCAAAAUGAAACUGUAAUCAAAGCAAGCAUCAAUAUAUUUGUCACCUUUAAACCUACUUAAAAUUUAUUGAAUUGCCUUACAGUUUUGACGUAGCAGCAUGUGAAAUCUUCUAUAACUCUUGAAUACAAUAGAAUGAUGUGGUUUAUCUGUCUAAUAUAAGCAUACAUUUCCCAGAAAAAGAAAAAUUAUUCUUUAAGCCGAUAGAGAGAGGGGGUAGGGAGUGUCUUCUCUAUGUCAGUUCACAGAACUAGAGCCAGCAGCAACUGUGUUAGUUCAUGAAACAGAUCAGAGUGUCCAUUGAUGUUCUCUUAACACUGGUUGCACUGUAUUGCUGCAUCAAUUCCCAAGCCCCCAUUGGUUUUUAAAGUCUUCCAUAUCUGCAGUCUUUAUUUAAACAAUAUGCAAUUUUUCAAUCAUAACAUCUUUGUCUUAUUUGGUACACAGAAUGAAUGGUGAUAAUUCAAUGGACAUACAUUA